CGCAGGCCGCACGUUUCCGGUCCGAGAAACCGUCGCGUUUCUCGGGUGACGCCUCAGCCGGCAGUUAACCACCGUGCUCUGAACUCGGGUGUCGGCCGCUUCCAUCACCCGAGUCACCAUGGGGGCCGUGCUGGGCGUCUUCUCCCUCGCCAGCUGGGUCCCGUGCCUUUGUGGCGGUGCGUCCUGUUUGCUGUGCAGCUGCUGUCCCAACAGUAAGAAUUCCACCCUGACUCGCCUCAUCUACGCUUUCAUCCUCUUCCUGGGCACCAUUGUCUGUUGUAUCAUGUUUCAUGAGGGGAUGGAGACUCAGCUGAAGAAGAUACCUGGAUUCUGUGAUGAAGGACUUAGUACCAGGAUUACUGAUAUUAUGGAUAAAGAUUGUGAUGUGCUGGUUCGUUAUAAAGCUGUGUAUCGAAUCAACUUUGCCUUGGCCGUCUUCUUCUUUGCCUUCUCUCUGCUCAUGUUAAAUGUGAAAACUAGUAAAGAUCCCAGAGCAGCGAUACACAAUGGAUUUUGGUUCUUCAAAAUUGCUGCCAUUGUUGGUAUCAUGGUUGGAUCUUUCUAUAUUCCUGGAGGCCACUUCAACACAGCCUGGUUUGUUAUUGGCAUGGUAGGGGCUGCCUUCUUCAUCCUCAUCCAGCUGGUGCUGUUGGUAGACUUUGCUCACUCUUGGAAUGAGUCAUGGGUAAAUCGAAUGGAAGAAGGGAAUCCAAGAUGCUGGUAUGCCGCUUUACUGUCUAUGACAAGCUUGUUUUAUAUCCUGUCAAUCAUCUUUGCCGGGUUGCUGUACACAUACUACACCAAACCAGAUGGCUGCACAGAAAACAAGUUCUUCAUCAGUUUUAAUCUGAUCCUUUGCGUGGUGAUUUCUGUUUUGUCAAUCCAUCCAAAAAUUCAGGAACACCAGCCUCGUUCUGGCCUCCUGCAGUCUUCUCUCAUCACCCUCUACACCAUGUACCUCACGUGGUCAGCCAUGUCCAAUGAACCUGAUCGCUCCUGCAACCCUGGCCUGUUGAGCAUCAUUACGCACAUGACCUCAUCCACCUUGGCUCCUGCGAAUACAACUGCUCCGGCCCCUACCCCUGCUGUGCCAUUACAGAGCGGGCCUUCUCUGAAUAAAGAGAAUUUCAUUGGGCUGUUAGUCUUUGUUCUCUCCCUUUCCUAUUCUAGCAUCCGCAAUUCCAGCAAUAGCCAAGUAAGUAAGCUGACGCUGUCGGGAAGUGACAGCGUGAUCCUCCGAGAUACGGCUGCCAAUGGUGCCAGCGAUGAGGAAGAUGGACGGCCUCGGCGGGCAGUGGACAACGAGCGAGAGGGGGUGCAAUACAACUACUCCAUGUUCCACCUCAUGCUCUGCUCGGCUUCCCUGUACAUCAUGAUGACCUUGACCAACUGGUACAGCCCUGAUGCAAACUUCCAGAGUAUGACCAGCAAGUGGCCAGCUGUGUGGGUCAAGAUCAGUUCCAGCUGGGUCUGCCUCCUCCUCUACGUCUGGACCCUUGUGGCUCCGCUUGUCCUCACCAAUCGAGACUUCAGCUGAAGCUGAGUGCCAAGGACACCACUGAAAUUCAUAAAGGUCUCCUUUGCUGAAAGCUCACUUACUGUUUACUUUCGCUUCAACUAAUAUAUUAAGCAAAUGCUUUGCAAAUAAGACUAUAUCCAGGUUUAUAUCGGAGGGCAAGAUGGAAUAAUGCUUGAUGCAGGAUCAGAACCUUUCAUUUAUAUCUCUAUUAUGUUUAUUUGUAAGGAUAGAGAGCAAAAGGAACAUUGUGUUUUAAAGUGAACUACAGCUGUGCUGUGAAGAGAGUUCUUUAUUAAGACUUGUAGGUUCCUACAACUUUGAUUUAAAAUGUAAGACAGAAAAAAUGUUGGAUACUUGAGGUUGUCAUUAAUAUAUUUCUAUUGCAGGAUCUUUAAAGAACAAAAUAAUUAUAAUGAUGCAUUUCUAUGACAGUUUUUUUUCUGUGAAAGUCUUUACUGUGUGAUACAGACCCUCUGUUCAGUCCUUAAACUCAGUGCUUGGGGAAAGGAGUCUGUGUGCAGGUUUGCCCCAGAAGAGGGGUUGUUGGUCUGGCUGCUGCUUCUACGUCUUGAGUUUUUUUAAUUUCCUUUUUAUUUUUUAUACUACAGCAUUGAUGCUGCUUGAUUCAAGCCUGUGGCUUUGCUAGAAAUGUUAAUUUCAAUAAACGCUUUGUAUGUUUGGUUAAACUGAAGAUUCACUUGAAAAACUGGUGCAGCUUUAGUCUAUGUCAUUAUCUUGUUACGAGUAUGUAAAACUACAAAUGCAUGUGAAUAUAUUAUAUUUGCACUAUAAAGGUAUUUGAUUAAAAUAGAAAGACUUA